GGGCGGCGGCCGCAGCGGGCGGGCGCACUCCGGCAGAGCCAUGCUGGCGGCGCGCGUGGAGUAUAUCGCGCCCUGGUGGGUGGUGUGGCUGCACAGCGUCCCGCACGUCGGCUUGCGCCUGCAGCCGGUGGACAGCACCUUCAGGCCCCGCGAUGAGAGUUACCAGGAGUCGCUGCUGUUCCUGGGGCUGGUGGCCGCCGUCGGGCUGGGCCUGAACCUCGUCUUCCUCGCGGCUUACCUGGUGUGGGUGUGCUGCUCCCUGCAGAACAGUGCAGUGCAGACCAAGCGUCGCCACCCCUGCUGCAUCACCUGGACGGCCGUGGCGGCUGGGCUCGUCUGCUGUGCUGCAGUGGGCGUUGGUUUCUAUGGAAACAGCGAGGCCAACGACGGGGUGUACCAGCUGAUCUACUCCCUGGACAACGCCAACCACACCUUCUCUGGGAUCGAUGUGCUGGUGUCCGGAACCACCCAGAAGAUGAAGGUGGACCUGGAGCAGCACCUGGCCCGGCUCAGUGAGAUCUUUGCCACCCGAGGAGAUUACCUCCAGACGCUGAAGUUCAUGCAGCAGAUGGCGGCCAACAUCGUUGUCCAGUUGGCAGGGGUGCCCGUGUGGACAGAGGUCACCAAGGGGCUGACCGAACUGGCCGACCAGGCUGGCUACGUGGAGUACUACCGGUGGCUCUCCUACCUCCUGCUCUUCGUCCUGGACCUGGUCCUUUGCCUCCUCGCCUGCCUGGGACUGGCCAAGAGCUCCAGGUGCCUCCUGGCCUCGGUGCUGUGCUGUGGGGUGCUGGCCCUGCUCCUCAGCUGGACGUCCCUGGCUGCUGACGCUGCUGUGGCAGUGGGCACCGGCGACUUCUGUGCGGCUCCGGACGCCUUCAUCCUGAACAUCACGGAGGGCCAACUCCGCACAGGUCCAGCUGGACCACUGGGUCAUUUCUUAGAAGCUACCUCCUUUGGGAGCUCAGAGGUGACCCGUUACUACCUGUAUUGCAGUCAGAGUGCAAGCAGCCCCUUCCAGCAGGCACUGACCAUCUUCCAGCGCUCGCUGACCACCAUGCAGAUCCAGGUGACGGGACUGCUGCAAUUUGCUGUCCCGCUCUUCCCCACAGCAGAGAAAGAUCUGCUCAGAAUCCAGCUCCUGUUGAAUUCAUCCGAGUCCAGCCUUCACCAGCUGACGGUCAUGUUGGAUUGCCGGGGGCUGCACAAGGACUACCUGGACGCCCUCACUGGCAUCUGCUACGACGGCCUCGAGGGCCUGCUGUACCUCGGCCUCUUCUCCCUCCUGGCUGCCCUCACCUUCUCCACCAUGAUCUGCAUGGGGCCAGGGGCCUGGAAGCACUUUGCCACCAGGGACAGAGACUACGACGACAUGGACGAUGACCCCUUCAACCCCCAGGCCCGGCGCAUCGCCGCCCACAACCCCCCUCGCGGGCAGCUUCGCAGCUUCUGCAGCUACAGCAGCGGCCUGGGCAGCCAGACCAGCCUGCAGCCCCCGGCCCAGACUAUCUCCAAUGCCCCCGUCUCGGAGUACAUGAACCAAGCUGUGCUGUUCGGUGGGAACCCACGCUAUGAGAAUGUGCCGCUCAUUGGAAGAGGCUCCCCUCCGCCCACGUACUCUCCCAGCAUGAGGGCCACCUACCUGUCCGUGGCAGAUGAACACCUGAGGCACCAUGGCAAUGAGUUUCCAGCCUAACACGCUUUCGGGAGUUCCUGCCUCCUUGAUCCAUUUUGGUUUUUAACUAAGGCAAGUGCAAGCGUGUUUCUUUCAUAGAAACCAAAGGCAUCUAGAGACUGCGCGUGGACCUGCAGGGUUGGAAGGCUGCUGCUGGCGCAAGGGAGUGGCUGAGAUUCAGGGAGAAUCGGCCUGGGCUGGGCUGAGGUUCCCAGGCAGACAGAAGACCCAUGACUUGGACCAGCCUCUCCCUCCUUUGUCCUCCUCUCCACACCGGAAAUGCCCUCCAGGUGCUUGGCCGUCCCUAAGCUGGGAGCCAGGUUCGGUUUGCCCCUGCAUCCCACCCUCACCAGGUGGUGAAUCACAGUGAGAGGUACCAGGUCAGGCUUGAGGGUCCCCUUGCCUGGACUCUGCCUCGUCCUGGCUGCUCGGAUGGGUGCCAUCUCCCCACAGGGAAGGGUGGAAGGGCUGAUCAGGAGAUGACGUCCCUGAUGAGACCAGACACUGUCCAAAUCCGUCUCCCGGGGCCAGGUGGACUCUUCCUGUGCCACCAAGGGAAGGCGCUGGCAGGCUCUGCGUAGGAGGCUGGGGGACCAGAGCCCCGCGCUCGGUGGGCUUCCAGGUGGCAGGGGUGGGCCCGUCUUGCUGCAACCCUCCGUCGCCUCACCUCCAUCCCAGAGUCGCCGCUGUGAGUUUGCUCGCCGCGGAUAGGGACAGUCUCAGGUAUUCACAGACACUUGGAAAGCAAUUCUAACGCUUUUUUGGCCAGUGUUUUAAAGAUUUUUGAUUAUCCAAAGAAUUGAAACUCACAGCACAGCCGGUUUUUACUACAGAUGUGGGGUUCACCCCUCCCACCUGAUUUGUCUACCAAAAUAAAGAUCGGUGAGACGUCCUGUCCCAAGAUGCUGAUUGAUGGGGUUGUGGGUUCCCCCCGCCCCGAGGGAGGCAUUUUGAGAGAACAAAGUCUCUAAGAGGCAAGUCUGAACUUGAACAGUCUGGUCCGG